CUUGUCAAGCGAACUUCAGUAAAUUUCUUGUAUUCCAAGUUUGAACUUCUUAUAAAACUUUUGUUUUGUUCGUGGUUUUGUAAUCUCCAUUAACUCGAUUUGAAUAAGCUGUCAUGCGUCACGCUUUUCUGUUUUGAAGUUUCGUCAUCUUGCAUGCAUAAUGGCCGAAGAAUCCUUUGCUGUGACUUUAUCUCAGGAGGGCUUGUCUUUCAGUCAAGAAAGUCUUCCUUUGAGCCAGGAAACUUAUAAAUUUUUAUGCAAUGAGGUUCAACAGAGCUUUCAAUCAUUAGAAACACCUGAUUUGCCUUUGUUUCACAGCUCUUGUCUUCCAAAUGAGCAGUCAACUUCAAGUAAUGCUAUGGAAAUGUGCAAUCAGGAACAGUUUGUAGCUCAUUCUAAUUCACAAGCUAUAAAUAAUCCAAGUCAGUCAUUAGUACCUUAUGUGCCUUCUUCCAUGCCAGCUAGUGCAAAUUGGCCUGGACAUUAUGGAUUCACGAUUUCGUUUCCUCCUCGACCGAGAAUCACCAAAGGCGUCAGUUGGACGUACUCUAAAAUGAAAGACAAGCUCUACGUAGGAAGAGAUAUUGCAUGUCCAGUGAACUUCUUCACCAAUGGAACUCUGUCAUCUGAUGUUAUUCUGAGAGCCACAGCUUUGUAUAGCCGUCCUGAACAUAGAUCGGAUGUAGUACAGCGCUGCAUGGAUCAUUCCCUUGAAGAGAUGCAGAGAGGCCUUCCUGAAGCAAGUCACCUUGUCCGAUGUCAAAGCAAUUCAGCUAGAUAUUUAGUCGAUCCCAAUACUAAACGACAUAGUGUGGUUGUUCCGUUUGAAAACCCUCCAGUGGGUCAACAUUUUUCUACAUAUAUAUACAAGUUUGCCUGUUUUGGUUCAUGCAAAGGAGGACCAGACAGAAGGCCUUUAAUGGUUGUCUUCACACUGGAAAGAGGUGAAGAAGUAAUUGCUCGUCACAAAUUGGAUGUAAAAAUUUGCGCCUGUCCUGGGCGGGAUCAAAAAAUUGCAGAACAGGAACUAACUUUCCAAGGAAAGCCUGCGAGAACGAAGAAAAAAUACUCUGAAAUAAGUGUCGUUGAGCAUUCAAAAAGUGUUCAUCUUUCCCCUAAGAAAAGUAGAUUGUCCCAAAACAAGGAAGGACCCUUUACAGUCACAGUUGAUGAUGAAGAAUCUUACCAAUUCCUAAAACAAAUGAAAAUGUUUUUCUUCAUGUGUAAAACAAUAAAAAGCUUACCACCUUAUGUUCAGAAGUAUGCAAUGCAAUUUAUCAAAGGAAACAAUGAUGACAAAUAGCUCCAUUUAUCUUAAAGGAUUUGCUGAAUUCUCAAACGUUGAGCAAAGUGAUGUUUGUUAAGUACUAUUGAGUGGGCUGCAUUGCAAAUUGAAAUGUUCUGUGAUGAAUCUUUAUUUCAUUUAAACUAAAACUGAAGCAAACAAAAUGCGCAUUUUCUGUAAAUUGUGUUUUUAUAACCACAUCAUAAAAAACUUAUGUGAGUAAACUGGUUAAAAUAAUAACUAAUUAUUGAUAAGGUGCCAUGUUAAUUGUGUUUUCUUUUUUCUUUUUUUUGAGAUAAACCUUUAUUUUCAGAUUUUGAAAAUUCAUAAAUAAUAAUUGCAGUAUCUGAUUAAUGCAAAUGUGUUUUAAGUUUCAAUUGAUUUCUCACGGUAAUAACUAAUGUUUAAUAUUUUCAACAAAUUUGGCGCAGUGCAUUGUCAAUAGCGUCAUUUUCUCCUUCAUUUAUAUAUUCAAAAUUUAGUACAAUUGCAGCAUUUGAGAAUUUUGUGAAUAGAUUCCAAGUAUGUACAGUGCCUUACAUUAUAGCCUAGAAAUGAUAUUUUGUUAAUAUAUUUGCAGAAGUCUAACAAUCAUAUUUGAGCAAGAAUCAUGUUAACUUCUCACAAAGCAUCAGACUGAUUGAUAUAACUAAUUACAAUUUUACAUUAAUUGUUUCCCUGUACAAAUCACACAUCAUUUAGGAUGUAGAUAUCUAUAGGGAAUUCAGAGAGAAGUGACAGCAGCAAUAAACAUAGAUGGUUGCCGUUUGGAGCCAACAUUUUUCACGUUCAGAAAUUACUCCUUGGAUUGGCGAAUUCUGUUUGAACAUUUUGCUUAUCUGAGUUCAAUGUUUUGAAUCACUCAGGCGUCAAGCAGACAACUGUAUCGCCAAAUGUCACAUUGCUUUGUUUACUUACACUAUCAGUUCUCUCUGAAUUAACUCUAGUAAGUGAUUAUCUCUCUCAAAACUUUAAAUAGAGUGUAUCACAAAAUAAUAAUUUUGAAUUCAGUGAUUUCUAUUAAAAUGCCGAAGAUGUUGAGCCAUAGUUAUCUGAUACUUUUAUACUCCAUGUAAAAUGCCUUAAACUUUUAUUAUAUGAUCUAAAUUCAUAUUUAAGUAUAUAUUUAAGAAAACACUUGCAACCAGAUUUUUGAAGACAUUUUUCUAUACUUACAAUGGGAGAACCAGUUGUUGCCUAUUAAUUAGUAUUAUAUAAAAUGAAAAGUGGCAUAGCUAUUUUAAAUUGGGUGUAAUAUUCAAGCGGGCAUAUGCUUUUUAAUUCAAUUAGUUUUAUACAUUCAUAUUUUGUCAGCAUAGAUAACGUGUUAUAUAUUUGUGUUACUAGGGGUGUCCCAAAAGUUCGUAAACACUUGCAAAAAAAUUUUACUUGCCAAGUAAUAACUAAAAAAUUCCCAAAUGCUAAAAGUGUUUAUGAACUUUAAGUACAACCUAAUAUUACUGUUAUUAUUUUUUCUUUUUUUGUAAGAUUCUGUCAUUUCAUUAUCACUUGUUUUGUUUCAUUAUCAUUUGUUUUUUGUAAUUCAAGUUGCUGUUUGUACUUAACAUGCUUAAAAUUUUAGCAUGAGCAUAAAUUAAAAUGUAAUAAUAAAGCAAACUGUAUUUGAAUUCAACAGCAAUAUUUUGUUGAAUUAUGUUAUAUGUUUAUUUUAAUUUGGGCACAACUAGUUACUUGAAAGGUAUUUGCUUUGUUCAGGUGUUAAUAUGUAUUUUUGGGAUUCAUAAGUAUUUGCUCAGGUCCUGUUUUAAAAUUAAGCAUCUGAAUUAGUGCAUUAACUCAUACAAGCCAAAGAACAUUUGUACAAAAUAUGUUAUUCACUGUUCAAUUGUUUACAUUUGUGCCUAUUUAGAAGCUUAUUUUUAUGGUCAGGGAAGAAAUCUGCCCAUUUUGUCUUCAUUUCUCGAUUCCAUUUUUUAUUUAACAUUUUGAUGUAAUUUGUUUCCUGUUUAACUGUUUGUGUUUCAAAUUUAUUGAAUAAAAAUGAAAGCCUUUU